AGGAGAGGGAGAGACGAGAGGUGGGUCGUCCGUGAUCGAUAUUAUUCGACACUCACAUUUCUCUCUCUCUCUCUCUCUCUCUCCCUCCCUCCCCCCACCCCUUUCAUACAAUCCCCAGAAAAUAAAACAAGAAAGAAAGCUGGUUUAGGGUUUCAUUGCCUCAUUCAUCGGACAAGGCGCAAUACUUCGGUUCUCAGGUUAUUAAGUAACAGAUACUGGAGCUCCUAAAAGAAUGAGCUCGGUUGGUAUGGCAGAAGAUGCUGACGUAUAUGCUGAACCUCCUGAUCCCGAUGUUCUUGAAACUGAUCCAACAUGUCGUUAUCUUCGGUAUAAAGAUGUGCUCGGGAAAGGUGCCUUCAAGACAGUAUACAAAGCAUUUGAUGAAGUGAAUGGACUUGAAGUAGCAUGGAACCAAGUUAGAAUUGAUGAAGUGCUACAAUCACCGGGUGACCUGGAGCGGCUGUAUUCAGAAGUUCAUCUUUUGAAAUCAUUGAAGCACAAAAAUAUAGUAAAAUUCUAUAAUUCCUGGAUAGAUGAUAAGAACAAGACAGUUAAUAUAAUAACAGAGUUAUUCACUUCGGGGAGUCUCAGACAGUACUGUAAGAAACACAAGAAAGUGGACAAGAAAGCUGUAAAGGGAUGGGCAAGACAAAUAUUGAUGGGAUUGAGCUAUCUCCAUAGUCACAACCCACCUAUUAUGCAUAGGGACUUGAAGUGUGAUAAUAUAUUUAUCAAUGGUAACCAAGGAGAAGUUAAAAUCGGUGAUCUUGGGUUGGCAACUGUUAUGGAGCAAGCUACUGCCAAAAGUGUAAUUGGAACCCCUGAGUUUAUGGCUCCUGAGCUCUAUGAUGAAAACUAUAAUGAGUUAGCAGAUAUAUACUCCUUUGGGAUGUGCCUGCUAGAGAUGGUGACUUAUGAAUACCCUUAUAGUGAAUGUAGAAACUCAGCUCAAAUAUAUAAGAAGGUUUCAUCUGGAAUAAAACCCGCUGCCCUUUCCAAGGUAAAAGAUCCUGAAAUGAAACAAUAUAUUGAGAAGUGUUUAGUCCCAGCAUCCGAAAGGUUGUCAGCAGAAGAGCUUCUGAUGGACCCUUUCCUCCAAUUGAAUGGCUCGGUAAAAAAUCGUCCUCUGCCACUUCCAGAUAUUGUAUUGCCGAAAAUGGGAGCCUUUGGAGAUCGUUGUGUGAUGUCGGAAGGACCUUUAAGCGCACGGAACAAUGCCUUAUCUAAGGAUUUUGAUGAUGGGGAGCCACCAGUGAUCAACUUUUUUAGCAACUCUGGUGACGGCGAUUCCCAUUCCUUUUACGUGGAGGUUCAGAGGUCAAAAAGAGGCAACUUUUUCUUCUUAAAAGGCGAGCAUAAUGACGAAAACUCCAUAUCGUUAAUACUGAGAAUAGCUGAUCAGAAUGGUCGUGCGAGGAACAUUCAUUUCUUAUUCUAUCUCGACAGUGAUACAGCACUUUCAGUUUCAAGUGAAAUGGUUGAGCAACUCGAACUAGAAGAUCAUAAUGUUAUCUUCAUAGCAGAGUUGAUUGAUUUGUUAUUGAUGAACUUGAUAUCAGAAUGGAAGUGUUGUGUCCGUGUUGAUCAUUUGGUUACUCAAAACAGAAAGAAUGUGAGCCAUCAGAAAGACUCUCAGUCGUCAAAGCCUCAGGAAUGCUCUGGCAGAUGUCACCAGAAUGUUUGUGAGGAUGCCAAUUCCUCAAAACCACCGAUUUGCCCAACUUCUUCCACUUUUGAAGGCUCCAUUCCUCCACCAAUACUAGAGAGGCCUCCUAAUUAUGUGAAGGGUGUUCCGAGUUCUAAUGCGGCUUUAGCUAGUUCAACACCCACAGUAGAACGGUAUUCUGAGACGUCAUGUGCUUCUAUGACCCCAAAUGACGCUACACAUCGAUCUCAUAAUUCAUAUGCAUCCGCAGAAUCUGGGUCUUUGGACUUAAAUUUUCAUUUGCCAAAUGGCUACAAAAGUGCAAGUUGUCCAAUUAGUGUUUCCUCAUUCUGCACUGCAGACGACUUUGAGUUUAAAAAGGAGUUGGAAACGAUUGAACUGCAAUUCCAGCUGGAACUUCAAGAUAUAUCGAAGAGAAGACAUGAAGCUAUCAAGGAAACAAGAAAAAGGUUAUCCCAGAAAAAUAUUGAGUUGGUUCUCUAGUCCCUUAUAAUUGUUUGCUUUGUUCCACACAUCUUCUAUUCCACAAUUGUAGAUAGUUUCUUGUUGGAGAAGAAACUUUAUACGAUUUUUGCCCUAAACUACAUUGAGGUCUUCUAAAACCUUCUUCUUCUU